AUGGUGGACCAGUUUCUACAAUUUGCCAUUGGUAACGGACUGCCCUUGGCGGAGAAAAAUGCAAAAGACACGGAGCAUUUACUGCUGGUAUCCCUUACGGACCUUGAAGAUGUCGACGAAACGAGUCUUGUGCAACAUUUCCAGCGUUUUCUGCAAGACAAAAACGUCAAUAUUCAUCCAUGGCAACAGUCCACUGAAGUGCUGCAGUCAAUCACGCACCAAGGUCAAAACCGGGAUAGCCAGGCCAACCUUUAUGCAAUGGCCAUCCUGGCCCAUCGCGCAGGAUGGUCAAGCCUGAUCGUUGCGGACGACCUGACAAAGCGCCAGCUCAAGGGAAAUUGUCGAGUGGGUGAAAGUCCGUCGAUUUCCGUCGUCAUGAUUUCUAUUCGACCAUGUACUGCGCAGGAGGAUCAUGAAGUUCGCGUGGUUGCCAAACGUACUACUGGAGAAAAGGACAACACAGAAUUGAUGGAGACGCUUCAGGACUUUGAGCCGCAAGAAGUGGCUUCGCGUAACAACGAAGUAUUUAUGAACGACGGCUUGGUGCUUCAUGACGCAGAUCGAGGCGUGUUCACGGAUGAUAUAGUAGCGAAGCUAGGGUGGGAAGAAUAUUCAAAUAGUGGCUCAACGACGAAAGACGGCUCAUGGGUAAUCAAUCAUGGAGCACAACCCGUUGCAUUACCGCCAUGGGUGCGUCAAGACAACCGCCAUCUGAACAUUUUCCUAAUGUUCCCAACUGCAGAAGAUGAGCUUGCCAAUAUCAAGUCAACACUGCAGAGCGCCGCGCGGAAUUUCACCCAAGAAGACGGCGCUGAAGACCCAGAGAUGGAGAUUCAAUUGAUCUCAUGGGAGUAUCAUCGCGUGCAGUCUCGACGCGGAUUCCUCAACCUGUGGAACGGAUAUCAGCAGCAGAUUCUGGCCAACGACUAUUCGUCAAGCGUUUACUUCCUGCUGGAACCCACUAGGGAUACCGAGAAUGCCCUUAUCGGAACUCUGUACUAUGACAUGAUAGGACCAGCCAUCGUAUCGUGGGUAUCUCUGAAGGAGGUCAUCAGCACAGCGCAGUCCUGGGGAUUAUCUGCUAAAGAAUGCCUAGAUCGACCGGAGCCCUACAUUCUAGAGAGACGGGAGUCAGAUGUCACUGAGCUCAUGUAUCGACCAGAACAACCGUUCUAUGUGGAAAAUCCACCUUGGCUCCCGGCCGAUGAUUGUAUCUACUGGGUUCCAGUAUUUUAUCUUACUAGUAAACUCACCAGAGAGCAGGACCAGGCGAUUCGCGCUGAGCUACAUACGAUGAAUCAGAUUGACUCGGAAUAUUGGGACAGAAAACAUUGCUGUUUUGUCCCCUGGAAAGACGACCAGCGAGAUGGAACAUUGGAAGAUAUGUGGGAUGUAUUCUGGGAUGUUUACACGUAUAAGAGAGGUCGCGCGACGGCGGUUACCUCACCUCUCCCUAUGUUCUUCAUCGACCAGCAGUCUGGACAUGACCUGACUGUCAUCGCGGUAGAUUCUGACACCCUCUACACCAGAAAGUCAAACACUGCUGCAGCGGAGAUUCUGAAAGAUACACCAGCCCGAAAGGUCAGAGGGUUCUUCCACGGCCGACUCAGCGGCCGGGAUGCACAUAUCGCACAUGCGAACCUGAGCAUCGCAAACUUGAACUUUGAUGAAUUUACUGAGCCAAAUCAGUUCCCGAGACCGGGUUGGCCAGGCCACGGGAUAUUGGAAGACGAUGAUUAA